AUGUAUAAAUUCUUCACUCUUUCUCUUCUUAUGACUCUUACCCCUCAUGCCCUGUGCGCACCUUUGGAUAACGCCGUUGCCGCCGUCCCUACCGGCCAGGUCAUCAGGCGCUGCACCACCCCGAACACCGUUGCCCUAACCUUCGAUGAUGGCCCAUCCGGCUACACCCCGCAACUGCUGGACCUGCUGGACGAGUACGGCGCCAAGGCCACCUUUUUCAUGGUUGGAGAAGGCAGCCAGACAUAUCCCGAUAUCAUCAGGCGUAUGAGGAACGAAGGCCACCAGGUCGGAUCACACACGUUGGACCAUGCCAACCUCCCCUCCCUGAGCUACGAGCAGAUCGUGCAACAGAUGACGAGCCUUGAGGACGUGCUGCAGUCGGCUAUGGGAGAUAUUCCCACCUACAUGCGGCCGCCGUAUUUCGAGGUCAAUGAACAGGUCCUGGCGGUUAUGCGCCAAUUGGGCUACAAGGUUGUUGAAUCUAGUAUCGAUACUAAGGACUACGAGAAUGAUGAUCCCACACGGAUCGACAUCAGCUAUGAGAAGUUCGUUAACGAGUUGAAUGCCGGCGGCACCAUCGUGCUGGCCCACGAUAUCCAUGAGCAGACGGUGGUGAAUCUCGCUCAGCGCAUGCUGGAGGAGAUCAGCGCGAGAGGGUUCAGGAUGACUACUGUCGGUGAAUGCUUGGGUGAGGCCGAAGCGCAGUGGUACCGUCGGGGUCGCUAG